AUGUGGAAAGGGUGGAUGUCUUCUCGCAGUCUGGAGGCGGUGAGUCCGGGUAGUGUGGCGUGUCGAGCAGAUACGAUGGAAUCGUUCCAGUCGAUCACAUGUGGGUUGGCUGAGAUCUAUAAGAAGCAUGUACUGCCAGUUGAGCGUGACUUCCGGUACGACCAGUUUUAUUCACCGGCGUUAACGGAUGGUGACUUCAAAGCGAAGCCGAUGGUGUUGUUGUUGGGGCAGUAUUCGACGGGGAAGACGACGUUCAUCCGGCACUUGCUGGAGAAGGACUAUCCGGGUUUGCGGAUUGGCCCAGAGCCGACAACGGAUAAGUUCGUGGCCGUAUGUCACUCGGAUGACUGUACUGACUCGGGUAACGCACCAGCGCAAGUUUUACCAGGGCAUGCGGCUGUCGUGGACCGGAAUUUGCCAUGGUCGCAGUUGGAAUCUUUCGGACCCGGUUUCCUGUCGCGAUUUGAGGUUGUUCAUGUGAAGAGCCAUGUGUUCAAAGGAGUUACUUUGAUCGAUACACCCGGGGUGCUUGCGGGCAAUAAGCAGUGGGAGCGUGGUUAUGACUUCGAGGGUGUUAUCAAGUGGUUCGCAGAGCGAGUUGAUUUGGUGCUAUUGUUCUUUGAUGCACACAAGCUGGACAUUAGCGACGAAUUUAGACGUUGCAUUCUUGCAUUGAAAGGCUUCGAAAGCAAGGUUUGUAUACUACUUAACAAAGCAGAUUCUGUCAAUGCCCAUCACCUUAUGCGCGUUUACGGAGCCCUCAUGUGGAGUCUAGGCAAGGUCAUGGCCGCACCGGAGGUACCACGGAUUUAUAUUGGCUCUUUCUGGGAUCAACCUCUCACCAACAAUGAAGUCUAUAAACUAUUCGAGCAGGAAACAGAUGAUCUUUUCAAACUCAUUUACUCACUACCAGCACGUUCAGCUGCCCGAAAAAUAGACGACUUUCUAAAACGUGUGCGAAGAUGCUACACACACUGUAUACUCAUCGAUCACAUGAGAAGACAAAUACCUAUACUAGGGAAAUCAGCCAAACAGAAGGAAAUGCUUGAUCAUCUUGAAGAGAUCUGCCAACAUCUCGCCACCAGAUACCAGAUACCUGCCUCCGAUUUCCCAUCCCCACAAUUCCUCAGGAGCAAACUUAAUGACAGCCACUCACUCAACCGCUUCCCAAAAAUGGACCAUAAGAAGCUUGGCGAAAUAACGGAUAUUGUAAAGAAGCGUGUCGCUAGCUUGACAAAGCUAAUUCCCCACGAAGAGGCUAAUUCUGUUGAGAUGAGCAGUCCGCUAAUUAUUGCUGAGAAUGAGCGCACAUUGAGUCCAACUAUAUGGUUUAAAGCUAGAAGCAAGGUGAUAACGAGUCGACGACUAAGCAAUGAGGACAGCAACCAAAGUCCAAGUCAGUCAAUGUGGAAUAUUAGUGUAGCUAGAACUAGUACAGAAGAUGUUGUCCAAUUUCCGGAGUUAGGUGUUGGCUUUAGUCGGGGACCUGAAGAGGUGCACGGAAGAGGAGAACACUCACCGAGUCCUGGGGGUUCGGGGGCUGGUACCUCAGGAGGAGGCGGUUUCGGGGCUGGCGGUUUCGAGGUGCCCGUGGUGGGUCCGGUGUUAGUCGACGGCAGCUCUCGGUAUCAGGCGCCAGGGGGAGGACCGGGCAAAGGGGUGGCCCUCCCGGGUCCUAGUGGCCUAGGUCCUAACGGUCUUGGCCCUAACGGUCUUGGUCCUAACGGCCGUCCUGGUACCGGGGCUGUAGGGGGUCCCGUGAUGGGUUUCGGCGAGGCCGCGAUGCGGCCGCCGGCGGCGAGGGAAAGCCCAGGCGGCGACGACCCUGCGUUGGAACCGCCAGAAUCCGACGGCCCGGAGCCGCUAUCGUGUUCGAAUAUGUCCAGCGUGGACGAAGCGCAGGCGAUGGACGGACUCAUGAGCAUGAGACCACCGCCUUCCUCGCGCCCCUUCGUAGAGGCAGAUGAGUGGGUCUCGCGACAUGUAGACGCCAACGACUACAUGGUUACACUUAGUACCAGAGACGAUACCUCCCACAACCUCUAA